AUGAAUUCAGUAGCGUCGGUGUUGUGCGAAACCACCGAAAUCACGUCCGCAGAAGUCGAUGCAUAUUUGACAAAUGUAUCCGACGAACAGUUUUUGUGCAUGGACGAAAAUACAACCUACUACGGAAUAGGACACUGUUCACCCUCCUCAGACCCACUGUUUUUUGAAAAUGGAGUCCAGCUGAGCUUCGAUAGCUCGUGUUACACAGAUUACUCAGGCUCAGCAUAUUCCGGAUACUCAUCAAGCGAAUGCAGUUACUACCCAGAACUUAACAGCUCGUUAUACAACAUUGCAUACAAGUCUGAACCGUUCCCAAGUGAUGGAAAGUACUCAUCAGAAGGUAAAUAUUCAGUUGACGGUAGAUAUAGCAUGGAAACGAAGUAUAGCGUGGAUGGAAAGUUUUUAGUAGAUAGCGGAGAUAUACUGUCACUGAGUCCGACACCAAAUCUCCAGUACCUAACACCGAAAAUGAAGUCAAGUUUCGAGUAUUCAUUGAAUGGUAUAUCAAGUAAUGGCGCCUCUAAAACAAGCAAUAUCACAUCCAAUAUGGCUGCAACCAUGUCUAACAUGUCAUCAAAUAUGAGCAGCAUACCGUCGAACAUGAAUAACAUAGCCUCUAUUGGUAGCAUAGGGAAUAAUAUUGUUGAUGUGAUGACGCCGGGAAGAAAUCAGUACCCCACGAAGGUUUCUACACACGAUCUUGCACUCUUCAAUACCAUGAUGGACGGGAAUCCUCUCACGCCCAUGAAGUCGAACUCCAAUUACCAAAACAGUCUCAAAAUGCAAAGUUCAAUAAGCACGGUUGCAAGUUCUUGCUCCUCAUCCAUAGCGUAUGAUAGUUACUCCAAGUAUUAUCCGUACGACGAAAAUACAAAUUCGCCAUAUCUGAGACAAAGUUAUGGAAAGAACAUGGAUUUAUUAUCAUACCCGGAACCUAAUUUGUCUGGAAACGAUAGUAUACAGGACAUGUACCCAUCAGAACGUCCAGUUGGGAAUUUCACGUUCCAGAAUAAUGAUAUUGAGUCCAUUGGAGAAAAUUACUUUACACCGACAAGUAUUACAAGAAACGUGGUAACGACAUUCAAGGUUCCAAGCUAUGAUCCAAGUAUUACCCCAGAAGAGAGAUAUAGAGAGAUUUUGAAGAUAAUUUUCAAGAUCCCACCAUCACCAGAAACUUUUUUGACGCCAAUAAGUUCCCAUGUACUUAACAGCGAGUCCAUUACUGAACUGUCAAAAAGGUAUGACGAUUCCCAGCGCAUAGCAAACCCGCCCGAAACACACGUAGUCUACGUAAGGAACGGAGCUGAGCUAAACCUAGUCCUGAGGAACGAUAACCUAUUGAUCCAGAACCCAAACCAGCACAAAGAGCCUCGUAACGAGAAGCUCAAGUUGACCAAACAAGUACUCAACACAAAGAACAUUGCAAGCAGCUCAGACCUCAACGAGAGCAUGAUCAGAUCCAGAAAUGAUGAGCAAGGGAUGAGUUACCUUCCCUAUAUAAGCUGUAACUGGAAAGGAGUCCACGAAACGAGCUGGUGGAUGAGUGACGAUAAAGGCGUCGUACGCAACUUCAAGGUCAAGUUUGACCCAGUAGUUUUCGGUUCUAAGGCUGUGGCCUUUGAGGAAGCAACCAAGUUCGCGAAGUACGUCGAGGGUCUUAUCAGACCGGGCUCUCUCAUCAAGUGGUACCCAGGGUUCAACAUUCCAAUUGGAACUAGUGGACGAGCAAACCUGAGGAAAGUUCUUCAUAUGGACCGCAUGAAAAAUUCCGAACUCUGUGACCCAGUGCUUGAAGCCAACGGACUCAAAGUGGCAGCCAAGUCAACCUUCGGAGACAUGAUAAUUGUAGAACUGUACAAAGCGGCCUACGUCUUAGGCCUAUGGGAUGUAGCAGCAUACAAUUGCCUGAAAACCUGUAAGCGGAGAGGAUACUCAUUUGAGUGGAUACACGAUAUACAAUCAAGUGGAAAGAGAAUAACACUGGACGCACUCAAGUAUAUGCGAAACGUCAAGGAACUCAUUGAACAGGAUAAGUUGUCAAGAGUUAAUUCAGAAAAGAAACGCCGUAGAAGAAAGUUACCAGAUAAGCGUAAAAGGGUACCUUAG